UUUAAUAUUAUGACCUGUCCAUUUUCCUUUUUUACUGAAAGCUUUUCAGGAAUCACAAAGACUAUUUUUAACUCAGUGACAACCAAACUCAAAGAUGUACAGAGGCAAUUAAGAGCACUGCUUCCACCUGAUGCUGUGUUAGUGGGACACUCGCUAGACUUGGAUCUCAGAGCAUUGAAAAUGAUACAUCCAUAUCUUAUUGAUACCUCAUUGCUUUAUGUCAGAGAGCAGGGCAGAAGAUUUAAGCUAAAAUUCUUAGCCAAAGCUAUUUUGGGGAAAGAUAUACAGCGUCCAAACAGGCUUGGGCAUGAUACCACAGAAGAUGCUAGAACGGCCCUUGAAUUGGCUCAGUAUUUCCUUAAGAAUGGCCCAGAGAAGGUUAGUAUCUUUGACCAGUGUGUUUGCCUUUAAUGUUACAGAACCAUAGCCAGGCAUGGUUGCACACACCUGUAAUCCCAGCACUUCUGGAAGGUUGAGGUGGAAGGAUUGCCAGGAGCUCAAG